UACAGAGUACAGACGUCCAUAGUUCAUUAAUUUUAUUUUAAUACAAUAAUGUAUUAUUAAUAAAUACUUAUUUUACCUUUAUAUUAUGAAACAUGAAUAUUAAACACUUCAGUUCAUUUUAUUGUCUUGUUAAUUUGUUUUAAUUUAUCAGUAAUUUUAACAGUAUGUAGACACUAGACAUGAGCAAUAGGCUUAUUAUCCUUAAGUAUUCUUGGUUAUCAUUAUUUAUGAUGGGAACAAAGUUUCUUAUGGUUAUAAUCAAAUAUAUAAUUUAGAAGUAAUGUAAUUCAAAUUUGUGUGGUUAGAAACCUAGAAUAAUGAUGAAAUUAGUUAAUGAUCCUUGUGGAAUAUUUUGCAUAUUAUUCACGUAUACUUCAAUCAUAUACGCUGACUAUGUAGUGAUACAAUGGGUUGUUUUGCACACUAUGCAAGACAGUUUAUGGGCUCCAUUUCACAUAGUGCUUUUCAAUACAUUUCUUUUGCUAUUGACAGUAUCACAUUUACGAGCAAUGUUUUCUGAUCCUGGCACUGUACCUCUAUCACAUACUAAUGUUUCUUUAUCAGACUUACGGCAAGUUAAUGAACCUUUAGUGAAAAGAGAAGAUUGGACUAUGUGUACACGAUGUGAAGCAUAUCGACCACCCCGAGCUCAUCAUUGUCGAAUUUGUAAGCGCUGUAUUAGACGAAUGGAUCAUCAUUGUCCAUGGAUUAAUAAUUGUGUUGGAGAAAAAAAUCAAAAGUAUUUUGUCCAAUUUCUUUUUUUUGUUUGUAUUAUUUCCGCAUACACUAUCAUGUUAGUUAUUAUGUCAUGGGUACGUGAAUGCCGGCAGUGUAAACUAUAUGAUAUGGAUACAAGACAAACACAAGUCUUACAUUCAGUAAUUUUAAUAAUGGAAAGUGCUCUUUUUGGUAUGUUUGUUAUUGCAAUUUUAUAUGAUCAAAUGGAUGCUAUUUAUAAUGAUCAGACAACAAUUGAACAAACAGUGUAUAAACGUCCAAAUCCAUUACAUAGAUAUAUAUUUUCUGUUAUUUGUCGUUGGCCAAAAAAAUCUAGAUCUACAUCUAAAAUUAAUAUUCGAUCUGUAUGAUUUAAACUUUGUGUUACUAAAAUUGAUUAAAAACACAUGAUUAUAAAAUGUUUUAAUCUUAUAAAUGCUAAGCAAAACAGAAAUUGUGUUUAAUUUUACGAUUUUUUUUUUUGUGUUUUUUUUUUUUUUUACAUAUGUUUAUUAUGGUACAAAUUAAAACUAUAUUUUGUCAUAAACAUAUAUUUUGUAAAUAAUGUUCACCUGGCAUUUUCAAAUCUGUCAUAUUCUUAUUGCUUUCAUUAUUAAACUUUUUCCAAUUCAUUCCCAAAUAUCUCACAGUUCAUUGACUGAUCUUAUUAUAACCGCUGGUUUCUCAGUUUAAAUUUUCUAUUGUAGUUCUUCCCUAACUUUACUAAUGUACCUUUUUCAUGCAAAAAUAACUGUUAAACUAUUUAUGCAUAGUUUAUACAACAUAAAUUACUUAAAUCAUGUGAUAAUUUGUUUUUAUAUUCAAAUUUAUAGUUAUAUAUUACUAUCCCAGUUUAAGGGAAAGUGAAGUGAUACUAGUACCCAACAUCUGGUUUCUGUAUCCUAUGAUUUUUUAUUUUAUUUAUUAAUUGUAGUAUAGCAUAAAGUUAUGAUUUUUGUUACAUUAGUUUUUAUUUUUAUAAUUUAUUUUUAAGAAAUAUAUAAAUUAACAUGAUGUGUUACAAUUUAA